AAAUAAAUAAAUAAAUAAAUAAAUAAAAAUAUUUAGAAGACAUCAAAAAUAUAUAUAUAUAUAUACACGUAUACAUGACCGCCACCCCCUCCCUGGGGGCGGCUUCUCCCUGAUGCCAUCACAAACCCUCCUGCUCUACUGGUCUCCCUAGAUUCCCAAGUGAUUGUGCCAUCAGACCCCCUGGGAGGGGCCCCCUGGGAGAGGCAAGGGAGGGGCCAGCCAAAGGUCAGUCCAGCACUAAAGGAUCCCCACCAAGGGCCGUUCACCUGCCCCGGGAACUCAGAACACACAUGACUCGCCCCACUUGAGCUCAGGAUCCCAGCAUUACGCGGGGCACGCUGAGCCCCAGAUGUUCCUAACCCCUUUCCAGCACCCUCCAUCCUUGCAGAAGCAGCCACCAUGCCAGUCUCUAAGUGCCCGAAAAAGUCGGAGUCCCUGUGGAAGGGGUGGGACCGGAAGGCCCAGAAGAACGGCCUGCGGCGCCAGGUCUACGCUGUGAAUGGCGACUACUAUGUGGGCGAGUGGAAGGACAACAUGAAACACGGGAAAGGAACACAGGUCUGGAAGAAGAACGGAGCCAUCUAUGAAGGGGACUGGAAGUUUGGGAAGCGCGACGGCUAUGGCACCCUCAGCCUUCCUGAUCAACAGACAGGAAAAUGCAGAAGAGUCUACUCGGGCUGGUGGAAAGGUGAUAAGAAAUCGGGUUAUGGGAUCCAGUUUUUCGGACCCAAGGAGUAUUAUGAGGGUGAGUGGUGUGGCAGCCAGCGCAGUGGGUGGGGCCGCAUGUACUACAGCAACGGUGACAUCUACGAGGGACAGUGGGAGAACGACAAGCCCAACGGGGACGGCAUGCUGCGCUUGAAGAACGGGAACCGCUACGAGGGCUGCUGGGAGAGAGGCAUGAAGAACGGGCCGGGGCGUUUCUUCCAUCUGGACCACGGCCAGCUGUUUGAAGGCUUCUGGGUGGACAAUAUGGCCAAGUGCGGGACGAUGAUCGACUUUGGCCGUGACGAGGCCCCUGAGCCCACUCAGUUCCCCAUUCCUGAGGUCAAAAUCCUAGACCCUGAUGGUGUCCUGGCGCAAGCCUUGGCCAUGUUCAAGAAGACAGAGGAAGGAGACUGAUGCCAGAGAAAAAAAAACGCUUCAGGAGAAAUUCGAGCCUGAGUCACCUGAUCGCUCAGACCAGUGCGGCUCUGUCUGGAGGAGUCAGCAGCGGCUCCCGGCAUGCCCCUGGCACCCUCAGAGGGCCCCUCACUCCCCCCAGCACUGGGUCGUUCCUUGCCAAUAGGAAGGCUGCUGCUUCUCUCCCAGGCUGGCCUCAAGACCCUCUUCAUUCUCUGAUCUCAUCCUGGAGUGCAUGAGAAUAAAGAAUAACCAGGUGGUAUAAGCCUGGGCCUAUGGGGUAAGGAUGGGGCACUCGAGGGGGCUCAGGAGGGGUUUCAGGUUUAGAAGAGGGAAGACCUGCCUUGGCUGGGCUGCCUGGGCUUAGCUUGGGGGAGUAAGGGCAGGUCUUAGGCCAGGUGCAGCGGCUCAUUCCUGUAAUCCCAGCACUUUGGGAAGCCAAGGUAAGAGGACUGCUUGAGGCCAGGAGUUCGAGAUCAGCCUAGGCAACAUAGCAAGACCCUGACUCUACAAAAAAAAUUUUUAAA